AGGUCGCUAAGUGAACAGGAGACUGGACUCGGACAAGAGGUAUUAACGAGAGACAAGAAGACUCGGUGAAGGCUCUAUUGAAUGGCGUCUAAGAGAGUGAAGGUGGCCUUUCUCGGCAGGCUGCCGGACGUCAAGAAUGCGGCCCGGGAAAAGUGGGCGAGUUAUAACUUCAGCGCGUGCGAGGUGCGAGGUGCUACGGUGGCCUCUGCGCAAGUGGCGAUUGGUCAGGGCGCCGCUGACUCGUUCACGACCGAGGUGCUUUGUGCCAGGUCCGGUGCCUGUCAAUGUCAACUUAGCCGGGGAAGGCUAUAGUGCAAGAACACGGGGUUUUGAUACCUUAUCUGAUGCCAUCUCUCCUCACCUCAGCUCAAGGUAUACUAUGGUGCUCUGGGCUUCAUUGUGGAUUGCCAGUGCUUCUUGGAACCUCUUGUUGGGUCAGGUUUGCCAGAUCGGGCAACCCACAAUGGAAGUGGCGGCCCGUCAAAUCCUGCAAGCCGGGCGCCGCCAGAGCGUGGGGCGUGCGCCAAGCCGCAGAAGCACAUGGCAUGUACGGAUGUACAGUACCUAAACAAGAUAUCAACUAUGGUAGCGACUUGUCGGUGAGAGGAUUCAAGUAUCCCAUCUCCAUCAAGUCACUUGUCUGGGUGAAAG